AACAAUUAAAAUAUCGUGUAAGACUCCUCUGAACCACUUUCGCAAUGUCCAGGCCCUCGUCAACCUCCACUCAUGUCGCAGUUGUGCCCACAGUCCCACAAGUCCUUCAUAUCCUCGCAAACCCUCCUCCGACUCUCAUAGAUGCGCAAUUACCUGGCUAUCUCUUACCUCCUACCUUCAACUUGCUACGCGAAUCCUCGGCCCAUGUAGUCAGAAAGAAGAAGAGGGAAGAGGAUGAGCUGAGAAAUGAGGGACUAUUACCGCCUCUGAAUGAGAAAGAUGUCAAAGACGAGAGCAGGCUGAUAGAAGAAGAGCUGUCGAAAAGAAUUGUGAGGAUUGGUCUAAUGGUCGGUGGAUUCAUUGCCGAAAAAUUGACAUUGGCGAGACCACCCAUAUCUGCUCAUCUGGAUAUAAUCAAGUUCAUUUGCAAAGACCUCUUCCUCUACGUGUAUUCCAAACAGAUUGACAACCUUCGAACAAAUCAUCGAGGCGUCUACGUUUUGCAAUCGAAUGCGUUCCCUCCACUUGUGCCUUUAUCAUCGUACAAAGGUAGUGCUGCAGAUAUGGAUGCAGCCAACACACAUCUCAUCUUCCCUCAAGCUCUUAUACAAGGUGCUCUUCACAGGUUAGGCAUGAAUGCUGUCGUAUCCGCCGAAUCGUCCUCCCUCCCACAAUGUACUUUCCAAAUCCGCACGCUAAAACCAUCAAACAUUCCCAGUACACCGAUGAGUGGGACGCCCAACCCGCAACCGACAACCCAGAGGCAGGCGCCGGUAUCGGUUUCAGCUGGCGGAUAUGGACAGGCGGCGCCUGGCAGCCCAGCAAUGAACGUUACUGGGAGCUCUACUACUGGACUGGGAAUCAAUCAAUAGCACAUUUUGUAUCUGUAUAGUAAUAUCAGGGUCCUGGAUAUCCCAUGCAUACAUUAUAU